UUUUGUAAUGUGGGCAAAGAAGCUCAAAGAAAAGAAAGACUUGGUCAUGUUGUAGACUUGGUCAAAUUCAAUUACUUGUGGAACUUAAACUUCUUCGUUCCAUUGAACUGAAUGAAAAAAGAAAAGCGAAAAUGUCAGCAAAUUAUGGGACUUGCUUUCUCUGUUCCUCGAAGAAGUUGUUGAUUAAGAAAUUUAUAUUAAUGGCAUAUAAGUAUUUGUUUAUUAAAUAAUCACAUUAGGAAAAUAGUAUGCAAGGAUUUUAAAAUUCGUAGUCUUCCCGGUCAUAGGGGUAAUAUCGUAGUUUCAAUAAAAGCAGAGAACAACGCUAUAAAGAGCGGCUGUUGAAGAAGUCUUCAUUCUCCCUCAAACAAAACCUCCAGAGUCAGCUUCAUCAAAAGAAGUUUCCCCAUUGGUGAAAGAAGAUUUGUAAGAAGAGAUGGAGAAAGAAAAGGAGCAAACUUUGGAGUGGAUCGAAGCUCAGAAGAUAGAGAUAAGCGUUGACCUCUUUGCUGCAGCCAAGAAACACCUCCACUUCCUCGGUGCUGUUGAUCGGAACCGUUGGCUCUAUGAUGGCCCUGCACUCGAAAGAGCCAUCUACAGAUACAAUGCUUACUGGCUUCCCUUACUUGCUAAAUACACUGAGUCUUCUUCGAUCUGUGAAGGACCAUUAGUCCCUCCUCUUGACUGUGAAUGGGUUUGGCAUUGCCACAGGCUUAAUCCGGUGAGAUACAAAACUGAUUGUGAGCAAUUCUAUGGGAGAGUUCUUGACAAUUCUGGUGUUGUAUCUUCUGUUAAUGGAAACAGCAAAUCAAAAACUGAAACUCUAUGGAAAAGAUUGUAUCCUACGGAGCCUUAUGACCUUGAUUUGGAUAAGGCAAUCUCAGAGCCAGAGGAUGUCUCAUCUCUUGAGAAAUGCACCAAUUAUGAUCUUGUUUCAGCUGUCAAGAGACAAUGCCCAUUUUACUACCAGGUUUCAAGAGCUCAUGUGGACAAUGAUGUCUUUCUGCAAGAAGCUGUGGCUAGAUACAAAGCAUUUCUCUACUUGAUCAAGAGAAACAGAGAAAGUUCUGUUAAGCUUUUCUGUGUUCCGACUUACGAUAUUGAUCUUAUCUGGCACACACAUCAGCUUCACGCUCUCUCUUACGGCAAUGAUUUGACAAAGAUGAUUGGUAAGGUCUUGGAGCAUGAUGAUACAGACUCCGACCGUAGCAAAGGUAAGAAGCUUGAUACUGGUUUCUCUGGAACUACUGCUCAGUGGGAAGAAACAUUUGGUCGAAGGUAUUGGAAAGCUGGUGCUAUGAACCGAGGUAAUACCCCAAAGCCGGUAAUAACUUCUCCUUAUGUUUGGUCGGUCAAGAAAUCAACUGGGAAAGAGGAAGAGUUCCAGAGUGUACUCCAAUAUCAAGAGGUGAAAGCCAUUGAGGUUAUCUUGGGGAUUGUUGGGAUUAAGAACUUACCAGAUGCUCACAAAGGAAAGGUCUUUGUUGUGUUCAGCAAAACGCAGCCGGAUUCUCUGUUUAACGCUGAGCGUAGGCUUACCAUUUUAUCUGAGUCUUGUGGGGAAAAGCAAGUUGCUUUGUUCCAGUGUGAGCCUAAAGGAGAGCUAAGUUUCCAACUUAUGUCUUCUUCGAAGUCAAAAAGCUUAGGUUUCACUUCUCUAUCGCUUCCAGAGUUUCUUUUCCCAGUUACUAAACUCUCUGUUGAGAAGUGGCUGGAGUUAACACCAACUAGAAGAGGAAAGACAGAUGAUCCGAACCCCAUCUCUCUGCGAGUGGCUGUCUCGUUCACCCCUCCAACUCGAAGCCCAACAGUUCUACAAUUGGUUCAAGCAAGACCGUCGCUUAAAGACUCUUGUUUCUUUCCAAUGAUGGGAAAGGCACGUCUUGCUAAAAGUUUUACACGCGUUGUUGAUGAAACCGAAACAGAGGUGAUCAGUCUCCAAAUAAGGAACUCUAACGACGCAGCACCAAAAGCUGAUAGAAGACAAGUGAUUGGUGUAAAAGAGUGUGGUGAAACUUAUGUUUUAGCAGAAUAUGAUGGCAGUUUCUGGUCUCUGCUUGACUCAAAGUGGUCACUUAAGCAGACAAGCGAUCCCACCAAAGAUGGUCCUAUGUUUGAGCUCUCUGGUACUCGAAUGGUGACGUUUUACUUAGGGAGGAAGCUGGAGUAUGAGCCAAAACAUAACGCAAUGCUAAAGAGCGAGAAAGAUUUCAUGACUGCUGUUGAAUUUUCAAAGCAACAUCCUUAUGGUAAAGCUGCAGGGUUACUCGAUUUGAAGUUUGGUUCUAUUGAGGCGAAGGAGAACUGGCUGGUUUUGCCUGGAGUUGUAUCUGCUUUCAUACUCAGUGAUCUUCUGAAGAAUAAAGGCUUUACUGCAACCACAAAUAAAGCCUUCAUAACAGAGGAAAGCAAUGAGAUUGGUGUUUUGAGUCAAGUGAAGCUAGAAGCAGAAACAAUGAUGAAUGUGGACUUGACUAGUCCAGUUGAGGUAGCUACAGAGAAGAUCAAUGGUGGUGCUAGGUGCUUUUCGAAGGAGCUAAACGCGACCGGUGACUGUGGGAACAUGGUUGAAGAAGAAGCUGGUCAUUUUGGCUGUGGAGGUUGCGGUGGAUGCGGAGGUCAAUGUGGCGGUGGCGGCAGGUGCGGUGGCGGUAGGUGCGGUGGGAUGACGAAGAUGGGAGGUGGAUCCUGCACUGGUGGUUCCACUGGCUGCGGUAAUUGCGGUGGAGGAUGUCAAGUAGGAUCAUGUGGUCAUAUGAUCAAUAAUAAUGCUAGAGAAAAUGCUGAAGCUCUAAACGACGUCGUUGCUGCUUGAUUAUUCCGAUACAUAGCUUAUCUUUACACCUAAGUAUAUAUAUAUAUGGUCUUAAAAAUAUAAUGAAACUAAUGAGAGAUGCUGUUAUACAUGUGUUUAAUAUAAAUAAAAGAGAUAUUAAUA